CCGGUGAGGACGCCUCCGCCAAUGAGAGCGCACUUUUACGCUUCGACGCGGGAGUCGUGGCACCUCCGCGGCGGUGCGCAUCUAGCCGUGUCGCGACGUGUGACGAAACACGGCGAAGGCGAAGGGAUACCAUGGGUGAGGGUAUGCCACCGCGACGGCCAUGGCCGGCUCCAUGGAUCUGUUCUAAAGGCUAACGGUUUCACAUCCGCACGAGAGCGAUAGAAAGUCGGCUCGGUCUUCUCACUCGCCGUGAUUCGUCGCCGAUCGCGCGAUCUGUGUCGGCGUGUGUGUCAUCGCUCGCAUUCGCGGUGUCGUCCCGAGAUCAUCGUGGAUCGAUCAGUUCGCGAGAGAAUUCGAUCGCGGCGAAAUCCCGAAAACCCCUGUGGGACGUAGUCAAACGACGGAGCUGACACGAUGAGUUACUACGGAGAUUACGGGGGGUUCGGAGGAGGCUUGAAAGACGUGUUCGUGAAAGCGGAGGUCGAGGUCAAGCGGUUCCUGCCUUCGCUCUUCAACAUCAAAGUGCUCGGAGAAAAGGGCUCCGGCUUCAGACCGCGGGGUGAGGUCCAGGACUUCAACACGCUGAGACGGGAAUGCCUGGAGACCGGACGGCUUUUCGAGGACUCCGAGUUCCCGGCCACCGACUCGUCGCUGUACUUCUCCCGCAGGCCGGACAGAUACAUAGAAUGGAGGCGGCCGAUGGAAAUCGCGGACGACCCGCAGCUCUUCGUGGAGGGUUUCUCGCGAUUCGACGUGCAGCAGGGGGAGUUGGGAGACUGCUGGCUGUUAGCCGCCGUGGCGAAUCUCACCAUGCAUCCGAAUCUCUUCUUCCAAGUGGUGCCGGAGGAUCAGAGCUUCGAGGAGAACUACGCCGGUAUCUUCCACUUCAGGUUCUGGCAGUACGGCAGAUGGGUCGACGUGGUGAUCGACGAUCGACUGCCCACCUGCCGCGGCGAAUUGGUGUACCUGCACUCGGCCGAGUCCAACGAAUUCUGGAGCGCCCUUCUGGAGAAAGCGUACGCGAAGUUACACGGCUCCUACGAGGCGUUGAAGGGCGGCUCCACCUGCGAGGCGAUGGAGGACUUCACGGGCGGAGUGACGGAGAUGUAUCAGAUGGACCAGACACCGCCAAAUCUGUUCAAUAUACUGUUGAAAGCCUUCGAGAGAAACUCGUUACUGGGUUGCUCGAUUGAGCCCGACCCGAACGUAUUAGAAGCAGAAACACCUCAGGGCCUGAUCAGGGGUCACGCGUACAGCAUCACGCGUGUGAAGCACGUGGAGAUCGAGACGCCGAAUCAACGCGGCACUAUACCUCUGCUGAGACUUCGGAACCCCUGGGGGAACGAGGCGGAGUGGAACGGGCCUUGGAGCGAUCAAUCCCCGGAAUGGAGAUUCAUCCCCGAUCACGAGAAAGAGGAGCUCGGCCUAACCUUCGACGUCGACGGCGAGUUUUGGAUGUCGUUCCACGAUUUCACGCGUUACUUCACCCAGCUCGAGAUAUGCAACUUGAAUCCCGACUCCUUGACGGGGCAUGACCUCGACGCCGGUAAAAAGCGCUGGGAAAUGAGCGUGUUCGAGGGGGAAUGGGUGCGCGGAGUCACGGCCGGUGGUUGCAGGAACUACUUGGAGACCUUCUGGCACAACCCGCAGUAUCGCAUCACGUUGGAGCAUCCUGACGACGACGACGACGACAAGUGUACCGUGAUCGUGGCUCUGAUGCAGAAGAACAGGCGAGCACAGAAGCGGAUGGGUGCCGAUUGCCUCACUAUCGGAUUCGCGAUAUAUCAUUUGGAGUACCCGGACAGACAGCCGAAACCGUUGGACAUCAACUUCUUCAAGUACAACGCGUCCGUCGCUCGUUCGCCGGCAUUCAUAAAUCUACGAGAGGUCACGUGUCGCUUUAAAUUACCGCCCGGUGUAUAUUGCAUAGUUCCGAGCACCUUCGACCCGAACGAAGAGGGUGAAUUCCUGCUGAGAAUCUUUUCCGAGAACAAGAACAAUAUGGAGGAAAACGACGAGGAAGUCGGUGUCUGCGAUGUCGACGACAGGGUACGCGAUGAACCCGAACAGGAUGGUAAUACCGAAAAGGUCCGGGAAUUCUUUAAGAAGCUCGCCGGCGACGACUUGGAAGUGGACUGGAUGGAACUCAAAGAUAUCUUGGAUUUCGCCAUGAGGAAAGAGUUACCGCAGUUGGCGCAUCGUAGCGAGGCACAUGUCCCUGAAACUGUUGAAGGAAAUGGUUCGUUUGUCGACACUCUCAUCUCACUGCUGUGCGGCGUUGUUUGUAAUAAUGAACAGUACAAUAAGCCCGUAGACACUCGCGACAAAGGAUUUAGCAAGGACAUAUGUCGCAGCAUGGUCGCGAUGUUGGAUGUCGAUCAUUCCGGAAAGCUUGGCUUUGAAGAGUUCAAGACGUUGUGGAAUGACAUCCGAAGAUGGAGGGCUGUUUUCAAACUGUACGACAGAGACGAAUCAGGCCACCUGAGCGCGUUCGAGCUGAGACAGGCGUUAAAUAGCGCCGGGUAUCGUUUGAACAAUCAUAUUCUCAACAUUUUGGUUCACCGUUACGGCACCAAGGAUGGCAGAAUUACGUUCGACGAUUAUAUAAUGUGCGCUGUCAGGCUCAAAACAAUGAUCGACAUUUUCAGGGAGAGAGAUCCAGACCAAACCAACACGGCCACGUUCACAAUGGAAGAAUGGAUAGAGAAGACGCUUUAUUCGUAAUAACGUAUUAUAUAUAUAAAUAUGUACAUUCGCUAUAAUCCGAUUUUACCUCAGACUUAACCGACUCUUCUCGUAACAAUGUGAUGACAAAACACUUGCAAUUGCGAAUGAGAUCUAUUUUUUACGGAAAGAAGAGAAAGUAGUUUCUAAAAAUGUAAUUUGCCAGACGGCGUGCGCAUAUCCGCACGUUCGUUUGUCUUCAUUUCUCCGAAACGAUAUUACAAAAUAAGAAAACGUCCAGUUUAAAAGAGAUCUUCGCGGUAUUUAUAUAUAUAUAUAUAUAUAUAUGUUUUACGGAAAGAACUAAUGUAUUUGUAAUACAAUUAAUAUCUAAUAAAAUUUCCAGUCUGUUUUUCAA